AUGGAGGAGCCGGGUCCGGACAAAAUUGGGGAGCAGCAUCUUUUGCAGAUGGAGCUCCUCUUGGGGGUGAGGGCGGCAAGGCCGGGGGAGAAGGUGCUGGCAGAGCGCUCUGACCAGUCCGGCUGUAGGAUGGGCGCUUGGGGUGGCUGGGGCGGGGGGCUCAGUAACCUCCUAUACAAAUGCACCCUGCCGGAUCACAUCGCCACUGCGGAGAACGAGCCGCGGCAGGUGCUGCUGCGUGUCUACGGGGCCAUCCUCCAGGGUGUUGACUCGCUGGUCCUCGAGAGCGUCAUGUUUGCCAUCCUGGCGGAGCGGUCCCUGGGGCCGCGUCUCUAUGGCAUCUUCCCGCAGGGGCGGCUGGAGGAGUAUAUCCCGAGCCGCCGCCUACUCACCGAGGACUUGUCGGACCCCAGCAUAUCGGGGGAGAUUGCCACGAAGAUGGCCCGUUUCCACGCUAUGGCUAUGCCCUUCAACAAGGAGCCGAAGUGGAUGUUUGGGACCAUGGAGAGGUACUUGAAGCAGAUCUCCGAACUCACCUUCCCCCAGGAGGCUCAGCUGCGGAAACUCAACAAACUCAAGGCCUACAACCUGGAGGCCGAGAUGCGCAGCCUCAGGGCUCUCCUGGAGGCCACUCCGUCCCCGGUGGUUUUCUGCCACAACGAUGUACAAGAAGGGAACAUCCUGCUCCUCGCCGGGCGCGAGAACCUCUCCUCGGACCGCCUCAUGCUGAUCGACUUUGAGUACAGCAGCUACAACUACAGGGGUUUCGACAUCGCCAAUCACUUCUGCGAGUGGGUCUACAACUACUCGCACGACCAGUGGCCUUUCUACAAAGCCAGCUGGGAGAACUACCCCAGCCACCCCCAACAGCUGCACUUCAUCCGGAGUUACCUGUCCGAGGCAGAUGGGAAGAAUGCACCCCCCUCCCCGGAAGAACAGGAGCGCCUUGAGGCAGAGAUGCUGCUAGAGAUCAGCAGGUUCACGCUGGCCUCCCACUUCUUCUGGGGCCUGUGGUCCAUCUUGCAGGCCAAGAUCUCUACCAUUGAGUUUGGCUACCUGGAGUAUGCGCAGUGCCGCUUUGAGGCCUACUUCCAGCAGAAGGCGCGGUGUGAGUGAUUCCUCCCUUCCUCCCGGGGUGGGCCGGCUGGCGGAUUCGACGGCACCCUGGACCUCGAGGGACUUCAGCACGGACCAAACGCCUCAAAGGCAGCCCAGCUGGCCGGCCGGCUGGCCCUUGU